AUGAUUAAGGGGGCAAAUGACGCCGGUCCUUCGGAUGCAGAACUUGACGAGUAUCUCAGAUUGAAUCGUGAAAAACAAAGAGUUAUAAAGGCGAAAUAUGAAGAUCCCGAUAAUCAAAUGACUAGGAAAGAUGCACAACAGUUGGAAAACUUGCUCACCGAAGAAAAGAUAUUGAUUCGACGAUUGCGAGAGUAUGAAGCAAAUAAGAACGGAAUAUUAAACAAGAUUCUUGUGAUUUUUAGACCAUUCGAAUUUUUGGGCGGCAUUAUGUUUUUAUUAUUGACUAUAAUAAUUUUCCUUUCGAUGUUUUUGACUUGUAUUGAUAAAGUCAAGAAUUCUAUUUGUGGAACUAAUUGUGGCUUUAUAAUUAAUCAUCCUGACAUAUUUAAUCCACUCAACUUUAUUUUUAUUGAAGCAUCAUAUUAUUUUCCCAUUGACUACUUGUUUAUGGUUUUGCUUAUCCUUUACUUCUUCCUUGGCAGUGUAGCUGGUGUUGUAUUUAUAGGAGUUCGAUUUUUAUGGAUUACACUUUAUAAAAUUCGCAAAAAUGCCACACCACCACAAGGACUGCUUUUGACUUCCUUGUUGUUAAUGUUGAGUUUAUUAGCGUUAAACUAUACAUUAACAAUGGUCGUUGCUCCGCAGUACGCGCAGUUCGGAAGUCAGAAAUACUGUAAUCAUACUGUCGAUAAUGUUACGGAUUGUAGUGAUUAUCCAAGUUUGAUUAUUCCUUGUGAUAUUGAAGGACCAACAGAUAUUUGCACUCCUACAGCGAUAUCAACAUUUAUUCAUCGUAUUACGCUCAACACCCCAUUCUUUGGUGUGGUGUUUUACUAUGCGCAAUGGGCAUUUUUAAUUAUACUAGGGCUUGGAUUUGUUUAUUCAACAAUUAGACCGCAUAGUUAUAUAUCUCUUGAUGAUUAUGAUGAAGAAGCAGAAGAGA